AUGGAGCAAGAGGGAGCUAAUAUCAGACCUACGAGAAUAUACCGCGACAAGUACGCCGAGCAGGUGGUCCUCGUGUCAGGAGCAGCCCGAGGCAUUGGACGCGUCACUGCCACGCUCUUUGCUGACCAGGGGGCAAACGUGGUCCUGGUAGAUUUAGACGAGCAGGAGCUCAAAAGGGUCGAGGCACAGCUGACAUCUGAGGGCCGGAAUGUGACAUAUAGAGUCGCCAAUCUGGCCUCGGAGGAGCACGUCAAUUCGAUGAUCAACGAGGUCGUUUCCUCGCUCGGAAGAAUCGACGUGCUGGUGCACAUCGCUGGAAUCUACCCGUUUUGUCCCCUCUUGGAGCAGUCGACGCCGGAGUACAAGAAAGUCAUGAGCGUGAACAUGGACAGCUCUUUCUAUUUGACGCGAGCGGUGCUCCCACACAUGCAGAAGGCAGGGUACGGGCGAAUCAUCAACACCGCGUCCGGCACUGCCUCACAUCCAGAGGCCGGUCUAGCGGUAUAUGCGGCAUCGAAAAGCGCCGUGGUGGCCUUCACACGAGCCACUGCUACGGAGGCAGGACCGGGUGUGACGGCGAAUGUCGUUGCUCCGGGCCUCGUCGUGACGGAAACAACGUGGAGCUCUCCUCACGCAAGGCCUAUCUUCGACAAAGCGGUGGAAAGACAAUGCGUCAAGCGAUAUGGUCAGCCCAAGGACGUUGCGCAAAUGAUAAGCUUCAUUGCAAGCCCCGAAGCCGAAUUUAUUACUGGCCAGCUCUUCCAUGUAAGCGGAGGGAUGAUUUUCGACUGA